AGAUAACCGUGCAAGAACACAUUGGUCAUUCAGAUUUUUUUGUUGCUUUCCCAACUCAGUUAGUUGAUACUGCAUAAGAAGUAAUGGCAGGUGCAAUGACAGAUGAUCAAAUAGCUGAAUUCCAAGAAGCCUUUUGCCUCAUUGACAAGGAUUGUGAUGGAUUCAUUAGCGUGGACGAAUUGACAGCCGUUUUCCGAUCAAUAGUAGGGAACCCGACAAAAGAAGAAAUCCAAGACAUGAUCAGUGAAGUGGACCUCGAUGGGAAUGGAAGUAUAGAUUUUGAGGAGUUCUUGAAUAUUAUGAGUAGAAAAAUGAAGGAAACUUUAUCUGAAGAGCUGAAAGAAGCCUUCAAAGUGUUUGAUAGAGAUCAAGACGGAUACAUAUCUGCCAUUGAGCUGAGGCAUGUGAUGAUGAAUAUGGGAGAGAGGCUGACAGACGAAGAGGCAGAACAAAUGAUUAGAGAGGCAGAUUUGGAUGGGGAUGGGCAAGUUAGCUUUGACGAAUUUGCAAGGAUUAUGAUGCUCAAAUGA